AUGUAUCCCAACGAUCCCAAAUAUUCCGCAGAGUUUAGAGGCACUUGUGCCCGUGUGCAUGAUGACACAAAACUUUUUGUGGAAAUGACAAAUGCAGAUGACUUAGCAAAUGUAACCUCUUGCAAAUUUCCCGAAAACCCGUAUUGUCAGUACGAGAAAGAGAGACUCUCGCAUUUAAUGAUUCGCUUGGAAUCAUCCUUGUCUUUGUGUGGUCGCUUCAAUCUAAACGAAGCUGAGUUAAAGCUACUUGCAACAGCAAUGAUCCCUAUAAAGUUGACUGAUAUAAUUGAUACUGCUAAAGCUCUGCGUGACAAUUUCCCUUCAGAAGCACAUCAGGUGCAGCCGAAAUACGAUGCUCUUUUGAAAAAAUGCCAUUCUCUUCUUGAGGGGAUUGCAGAGCUGACGUUUCCGCCUGUGAAACCAAGAUGGGCGGAUUUUACCGACGCUGGACCUGGAGUUGCUUGUAACAGUUUCGAGGUACAGUUCAGGGAUGCUGAGUUAGCGAUUAUCCAUAACAGUGACUAUCGGAUCAGACUGCAUUCUUCCAGGGGUAAUUCGUCUGAUAACGAGGCCGAGAGAACUAACAGCGCAAUCGGCGACAGUAUCGUAGAUGGCGCAACACUCCAGUGGAACAAACAUAAACGCUUUGAUGGACUAAGUGAUGAAGAUAUAAGUAAACUGACUGUGAAAGAGUUCGAAGAACACGAGACGGAUAGAAUGGAGAAGAAUGCGUGGUACUGUGCUAAUGAAAUUCGCAAUAGGGUUGAUGGGGCACCAGUGUUUAACGAGUUUAUUAAAUGUUAUUUAACUCCAAAGCAAAGCCCUUUCUUUUUCAACAAAAAAUACUUAAAACAAUUUCAAAGUUGUACUGCCGCUGAGUCAAAACAACAGGUUCCUGGUUACCACUACAUAACGAAUGUUUUAAACUUUAUUGAAAGACACUACAGAAUUGGUGAACUAUAUAUGGAAUAUAUAAGGGACGGAUGUCGGGAAAAUGGAGAGGUAUGCAAGAAAUGUAGUGAAAAGGACUGGGUUGGACCCAGGUUCUCCAGAGUUCCUGCCCCGUAUCCAGAUCCUGAUAAGCCAGGGCAUUAUAUGAGUGUUUUCAACACACCAACCACAGACAAUAACGGGCAGUUAAGGGAAGUGGAUGAUGUCGCUCCCAGGGCAGUGAUAAAGCGUCUAUAUAAAGCUGGCACGAUCUCAUCGGACAAUGUCGAACAACUUAAAGAAGUAUCCAGUCGCUAUUGUGUUGAAGAGAAGGAUGUCGCAUCAUAUGUUAAACACCUUGAAGAGUUGAAAAUGAUGUCUGCUAUCAGGGAAAACGAAAGAAGAAAAAAACGAGAAAAAGAGUGCAGCAAAACCUAUGAGGACUACGAUUGGAAUACCCUCAUUGAUUCAGGAAAACUAAAUUCAUUAAAA